AUGCAAAUUACGACUACCACGACAACGUUGAGCCUUCCCACAACCAUCACAACUUCAGUCACAGUACCCCUGACCAUCCUCGCAACCGCAACCAACACCGACACCGCGACCGUCACAAACACUAUCACGAAUACCGCGACUGAGACCUCCACAGUCACCGAGCGCACAACCAUCAUCACAGGCACCCAACAAGUCAUCGCGAUCCCCACCUUCACCGUCUACGCCAUCGGCGGCGACAAUAGCGGAAACCCCAUCGCGGACGCCAGCCGCAACGUCCCCAACACCGUCGGCAACUCACGAGGCCUGAGCCCCGUCCUCCAGUUCACCACCGUCGACAACAACAAGCUUCAGGUCCUGAACGGGCCCUACGCCGGCUCCAUCGGCAAGACCAACCCCAAUGUAGGCGCGAGCGAAGCGUACGUUCUGUUUGGACGAAACGAUGCUGGGCUGCAGGAAACGGGGAACGACGAGUUAUGA